AUGUCCUUCGACGAACGCUCCUCGUUGCUUUCUGGCUCUCCCCAAUACCGCAAAAACUCAUUCCUCCUUCUUGUCGACGACCCCCCACCACUCACUCCUCGCGGACAAGGAGCACUGGCAAAUCUAAUCCGUAACCGCUCCCAUGGAUCACUGCACCACUAUGGUAGCACGUGGCGCACAUCGAGCGCCUUCGACGCUGCGGAUAUCGAGGCUGGCUCUGUCAUAGGGGCGCAUCACCAUCACCACGAUGGCUCUGACAGCGAAGAGUCGCGACGCCAUCAUCUCGAUGAACGACGUCUGUCUGCUAUACUCAUGGGACCGCAUAUGCGGUCGAUGCGUCUGAUUGGCAAUUCAAACCCGAGGUACAAGUGGUCGCGAUAUUGGAAGACGGAAGAACAACUCUCAACGAUGAGCAAGCCGCUGCGAAAAUAUUACGAGCGAACCAACUAUCUCGUGCAACAGUAUCUGUACAUCGACCGCCUGCUGGACUCGAGCCUCCCACACGACCUUUUAAACGAGUACAACAACAUGCCUGCGAGCAACUUUAGGGGCGUCGAGGUGCCAGACACCAUCAGUGAGGAGCCGACGAGUUCGCUCAGUAGGAGUGCUAAGGGGAGCCUGACAGAGCUGAGCAGCAAGGGCCAGAGCCGGUCUAGCUCGCCACCGCAGACGCCCCAUGAAUCUAAUGCAGGAUCGGGACAGAGUGUCGAGAAUGGAGAUGCGGUCCGAUCCGGCAGCGUUAGUAAAAAAGUAAAACGCACGCCCAAGGACAUUUACCGGGCUUCGGAGACGACGCCGAUUUUCUAUAACGAUGCCGAAGAGGAGGAUGCCUGGGACGGCGAAGGGCCCAAACCUGAAAUCCCGUGGCUAGAAGACGACGACGAUCUGGACAGUGGUGACAGCAUCGUCACGGUGGCCAUAUAUAUCAACUUCGCAGCCAACGCAAUACUUCUAGCGGGGAAAAUCGCCGUCAUGGUAUCCGUGUCGUCCAUGUCGGUCUUGGCGAGUUUGGUGGACGCCAUCUUGGACUUUCUGUCCACCGUGAUCGUUUGGACGACGACGUGGCUCAUCUCGAGGCAAGAUCAGUACCAAUACCCCGUCGGUCGGCGCCGAUUGGAACCUCUCGGUGUUCUCGUUUUCUCGGUUAUUAUGAUUACGUCCUUUGUACAAGUUGCUCUCGAGUCGACCCAGCGGCUCGGAUCGCCUGAUCACGAAAUCAUCGAAUUAGGCCUACCCGCAAUCGCUAUUAUGAUCAGUACCAUACUCAUCAAAGGUCUCUGCUGGCUGUGGUGCCGGCUCGUCAAGAACUCAAGCGUCCAGGCGCUUGCCGACGACGCCAUGACAGAUGUGAUUUUCAAUACGGGAUCCAUUUUGUUCCCCAUCGUCGGGCAUUACGCCAAUAUCUGGUGGCUUGAUGCCCUUGGCGGCUUGCUUCUCUCGUGCGUGGUUAUCUUCAACUGGUCUCAGACUUCCCUGCAACAUAUCAAGAAUUUGUCAGGUUUCUCCGCCACUGCCGACCAGCGCAAUAUCCUACUGUACCUGACCAUGCGAUUUGCUAAAACCAUCCGACAGAUCCAGGGUUUGCAGGCCUACCACGCAGGCGAUAAGCUGAACGUCGAGGUCGACAUUGUGUUGGAUGCUAGCACGACCCUGCGGGAUAGUCACGAUUUAAGCGAGAGCUUGGGCUACGUUUUGGAGAGUGUACCCAUCGUUGAUCGGGCGUUUGUGCAUUGCGACUACGCGACUUACAAUCUGCCGACGCAUAUGCAGCAGCAGAGCCGCUAG